AUGGUUUCACGUCUACUUUGUAUUAUUGCAGGGGUACUAGCCUUGGGGAGUGGGCUUGUUAAUGCCCAUGGCUCCCAUUCAAAUGACCAGCCACCAUCCGACGACUGGGCCACAAGACACAUGAUCGGAACAUCACAUCGAAUCCUUCGAUGCGCCCUCUUUUUCACCUUGCAUGACUAUGAUUCCUCUGGAGCAUGGACUCCCGACGAAGUACGGAAGACAUACGGCAUUGACGAUGAAUCCAAUAAGGGUGUAAGCGAAUCUCGCAAGGAAUCUGCUGUCCGCGCAGUGUUCGACCUCUUCGACCCCCAAAAUACGGGCUUCAUUAAGCGCGACGCCUGGCUGAAGGCGGUCGCUGCCGGUACGCGGUUGCCCGACCUCGGCUUUGGCCCCGGCCACCAUGGCGACAUUGAAUAUGAAUAUGAGAUCCACCACUUUGAGAAAUACCACGGCGAAGAUGCCACAGAGGAGGAAUUGACUCAUCCCGAGGAUAUUGAGCAUUUCCGGCAACACGAUGCCAUGGAGGCUGCUCAAAAGCGGCUUGAUAUGCUAGAAGCAAUGCAAGUUGUUGACGCCAACAUUCCCUCCAAAUUCCGUCGCAAUGUCUAG